CAGUUUCAAAUAAACUAUUCCUCUGAAGCAUCUCAUGUGAUAAAGUAACUUUUUAUUUCUAAUAAAUUACAACAGGGUAUAUAUAUCAAAAGAAUUAUCAUGUCUGCCAGUAAGUAUACGGUAGAAAUCAAACCUGAUUUUAAAAAGAUGUAUGAAACCGGUGAGGUAAAAAAUGUAAAAAGUUUCCUUCCUAAACGUAGGCAAGAACUUUUGAAGUGGAACGGAUGGGGAUACAAUGAUUCCAAGUUCAUUUUAAAUGACAGAAAGCAGGUUACAUUUUCUGGAAACAGAUAUCCCAUUGGUAAUAAAAUUCUGCCAAACUUUGCUGCUUGGGUAAAAUCUGAAUUUCAAGUUGAUAUAACGACAAAUCUGGAUAUACAUAAAGAUAUGUUUGGUUUUAUAGAAGGAAUUAAAUCUGAAGAUCUACCAAAACCAGUAAUAAAUGAAAUGUUCUUCCAAAAAAUUAAAGAACAACGAAUUGAUUAUUCUUUUGAGCCUCAAGAUCGACUUUUUCGUUCACAUGGUCAUACUCUAAAAGAAAUAUUUGAUCUGCGAAUCGGAAACUUGAAAAGGAUUCCAGAUAUUGUAAUAUGGCCUUCAUGUCAUGAUGAAGUUGUAACUGUGGUUCAAGCUGCUGUUGACUAUGAUGUUGUAAUCAUUCCAUUUGGGGGUGGAACUAAUGUCUCUUGUGCUGUUGUAUGCCCAGAAGACGAGUGUAGGAUGAUCGUUUCACUUGAUACUUCUCAAAUGAAUAAGAUUUUGUGGGUGAACAAAUUCAAUAACACUGCUCUCGUUGAAGCUGGAAUCAUUGGUCAAGACUUGGACAGAGAAUUGGCAGAAUACGGUUUAUGCACUGGUCAUGAGCCAGAUUCAUACGAGUUCAGCACUCUUGGUGGCUGGGUAGCAACAAGAUCGUCGGGAAUGAAGAAAAAUAUAUAUGGAAACAUCGAAGACAUAGUUGUUCAUGUUAAGAUGGUGACUCCCAAAGGAGUUAUUCAAAGGAAUUGCCUGGCUCCAAGAAUGUCUGGAGGACCAGACGUACAUCAGAUUAUUCUUGGUUCCGAAGGCACUUUAGGGGUUAUUACUGAAGUCGUUAUAAAAUUACACACGAUACCUCCUUUCCAAAAAUAUGGAUCAAUAGCAUUCCCAACAUUUGAAUUGGGAGUGAAAUUCUUACAGGAAGUCGGACAAAAGAACUUAAAACCAGCUUCCAUACGGUUAAUUGAUAACGAUCAAUUUAUAUUUGCUCAUGCUUUAAAGGCAGAAGGGACACCUUAUAUAUCAUCUUUGGUCGAAUGGAUAACAAAAUUUUAUUUGACGAAAAUAAAAAGUUUCGAUUUAAAAAAGAUAUGUGCCGUCACGCUGCUUAUGGAAGGAGAUAAAUAUGAUGUUGAAUGCCUGGAGAAAAGUAUUUAUUCUAUUGCUGUGAAUUAUGGGGGACUCCCAUCUGGUGAAAUGAAUGGAAAAAGAGGUUAUAUGCUGACUUUUGUCAUUGCAUAUAUAAGAGAUUUAGCCAUAGAUUAUGGAAUUCUUUCGGAAUCGUUUGAAACUUCUGUGCCAUGGGAUAAAGUCCUUGACCUCUGCAAGAAUGUGAAAGCCUGUAUUGAAAAUGAAGUAUUAAAGCACAAGGCCCAAGUGCAGGCCUUCGUAUCUUACCGAGUCACCCAAUCCUACGAUGUGGGAGCAUGCGUCUACUUCUACUUUGCAUUUUCAUGCCUCGGUGUUCCAGAUCCCAUGGAAUUGUUUGAGAGCAUAGAAAGAGUUUCUAGAGAUGAAGUCUUGGCUAAUGGAGGAUGUAUUUCUCAUCAUCAUGGAGUUGGAAAACUACGGAAACGUUGGAUGAAGCAAACAGUCUCAGACACCGGUUUGGAGAUGCUGAAAGCAGUUAAAAGUUCUAUGGAUCCUUUAAAUAUUUUCGCAAGCGGCAACUUAUUCGAUGCUACAGAUUUAAAGUCUUCGUCAUGAGAAGAAAAUUAGAUGGAAUAUUUUUUUGAAAAUAAAAGAAAAGUCUGCUUUUGGUUUCGACAAAUUACAUAUUAUGCACCCCAUUCCAAACUGAUGCUGUGUUCGUUAAAUGCAUUUGAAUCGAGAUACAAAAUCUACAAUUUAAAAAAAAUGUAAUGUAUGAACUUUUCCACAUUUUAUUGUAAUAUAUUAUAUAUCUCUAAUAUUCUAUUAUACAUUAUCAUUGUAGAUAUUUAUUAGGAAAAAGGGAAAUUAAAUUUUAGGUAUGAUUCAAACCUCAAAAGAGUUCUAAUGUGAAAUUUAAAGUAAGGGAACUCUAGAAAUUAGUAAAUUAAAAAAAAUAUAUUCUUAGAUUAGAUUAUCAACUACCUUAUUGAAUUGGUUAAGAAAAUGUUAUUGGCAGAAACAGAAUUUUAUAUUUAUUACUUGUGAUCUAAAAGUGUAAAUUUGUUAUUUUAAUGAAAAUCAUGCACAUUUAUGCUUUUUUUUUCAUUUUUUUAAAAUUCUUUUUAACUACAUCAAACCUAUUUUGAAAAGAAGAUAACUUCUUGUCGGGUUCAGGUUUUAAAAUGUUUAUGGAAUCUUUUAGUAGUCUUUAGCCAAUUCAUUGUUUUGGUAACAAUAAUACAAAACAACGUAUCAAACAAUCAUGUACAGAUUUAUUAAAUGGGUUGUGCUUGCGUCCUGUCGUUAACCUUAAUUGUAAUAAAAGAUUUAAUCAUUAUUCUCAACACACUUUAGCAACUAAUAUAAAUUUCAUUGCUAAUAAAAUAUAAGCAUUUCCAGAAUAAUCAUAAAAACUGCACCAAGUUGCACUCUAAAGUUGUGCAUGUUAAAUGGAAUUAUUCAAAUCUAAAAGAUACAAUUGAUGUCUUUGUAAUUGAAGGUAUAUGCAUUCUAAGAUUAGGGAAUUAAAGAUGAUCUUAAAUGAGAACUUUCUGAUUACCUUUCAAGAAUUAAUUAAGACAAAAUGGAUGAGAAGAUCUAAUCCGCUCUUCUGUUCAGAAUCUGUAAUGUUAAAAAUAAUAUUGAAAAAUUAUAUGGUUGAAAUAAAGAAUACCAUCUUUAUUUCUCCUUUCAUGAAAGGCAUUUCAUGCUGUUAUGUUUUUUGCACUCUUUGUUAAUUCAAAGAUUCCGAUAAAAACUCUCUUCAGAAAUUUAGACACAUAUUUGGGUCUAUUGAAUGUAUCAAGUUGAAUGUAGAAAUUAUUGAAUGUAUCAAAUAAAAUGUAGAGCAUAUUGAAUGUCCCGAAUUGAAUGUAGAACCUACUGAAUGUAUCAAAUUGAAUAUCAAAUAUAUUGACUGUAUCAAAUUGAAUGUAGAGCCUUUUGAAUGUAUCAAAUUGAAUGUCAAAUAUAUUGACUGUAUCAAAUUGAGUGCAUAAUCUAUUGAAUGUAUCUAUAGAUAAAUGAUGUAUCAAAUACUUGCUACACGUGUUUGGGAUCUCCAGUAUGUCUAUAUUCUACAACGCCACCUGUUGUUAAAUAUGGCAAUUCUGAGUUAUCACCAUGAUAAUGAUUUAUAUUUUAAGAAAUUAAAAAUGUUGUGCAUUUUGCAAUAUUGUAAUUUCCUGAUUUAAUCACUAGCGCCAUUG